GAGGCUGCAUGCAGACUUCGCCGGUCCAAUACGAGGAAGAAUGUAUCUAAUCACAGUAGACGCGUUCACAAAAUGGCCACAAAUCUACGCCAUGGUGAAUUGCACAGCCGGUGAAACAAUCAGCAAAUUAUCCGACCUGUUUAGCUGUUUUGGAGUUCCGCAGACGUUAGUGACCGAUAACGGUUCACAAUUCACUGCAGAAUCAUUCAAGCACUUCUGCAACGUUAAUGGCAUUGUGCACAUACGAUCUCCCCCGUAUCACCCUCAAUCGAAUGGCCAGGCAGAGCGCUUCGUGGAUACAUUGAAGAGAGCACUUCUGAAAGGGGGAGGAGAAGGGACAACCGGGCAGGUGAUCGCAAAAUUUUUAACAUCCUACAGAUCCACUCCGAACCCGAAUGUUCCAGACGGCAAAUCUCCCGCGGAAGCCAUGUUUGGGAGGCGCAUUCGAACCAUCUUCGAUGCCAUGUUGCCAUCCAAAUUAGUGGAUGAGCGCAGUCACGGUCCAAGUAUCCGAAACUUCAGUGUUGGUGACAAAGUUUACAUCAAGUCCUACAUCGGGAAGAACCGAUGGGAGCCGGGCGAAGUAGUGGAAAAACUGGGAAGAGUACUGAACAGAGUUCGAUGAGCUUUUGGGACAUGUAUACGUCAUACAAAUCAAAUCCUUAAGGAAAAAAGAACGGUGCAGACUCGAAGUAACCGGCCGAUUUUCCCGUUAGAUUCAAUCUUAGACGCACCAACGCCACAAACGCCCAGGAACAGUGAAAAGAAGCCUUGGACAAGGGAAACGACAAGAAUAAUGGGGCGCCGUCGCUGCCCAGUCGUCAAAAUACAAUUAGAUCCCAGAAAGAAAUCUUAUUCGGGGGAGGUGUUGGGUCGGCUUCCAGAGAACUUCAACGGAGCCUCCAGAGGCCCAAAAGGAGCCGAAGAGUCCUAGCCAAUCAGAGUGUGAUGGAACGUUCCAGAAUUCCAACGUGGCGUGCUACUAUUGGUCGGUAGCAUAAUGUGUUGUUAUCGGAUUGGCUGUAAAUUGAUGUUGAUUUAACAGACGCCAAAAUCUAUAAAUACCCAUGAUUUUCUGUACAAAAAUGAACCUUGGAAUAAAGUGCUUUCUCUCAUUCUUGUGUCUUCUCUCUGGAGUUCAAGUCGCUGUGUAGUUCUAGACUGCGGGUUACCGAAAAAGCUUAGGAACCGUAUAUAGCGUUCAAC